AUGGAACUGUUUAAUAAAUACAACGCAAGAUAUCUGCUAUCUCCUAAAAUAUUGUAUAUAGCAAUAGCAUUAUUCUACUAUACAUUCCAUACUAACAGGUCUAAGUAUAUUAAAGAUAAUUUUAAUAUAAAUCCAGGUGUUAUAGGUUUGUAUAUGGUUAUACCACAAACAUUGUCGUUAUUGACAGGAAUAAAAAUAGGUAGUAUAUCAGAUAAAUAUGGAAUACAAAAGUAUAUUCUACUGUUUGCAGUGAGUGUUGGAACUAGUGUUUUUAUCACAAUGUUAACUCUACCCAAAAUAACUUUCUAUCUCUAUUUUACUUUAUUUACAUUUUAUUUUAUACUUGUCUCAAUAUCACUACCUUUGAUUGAUAAGAUCACUUAUGAUUUUCUAGAAAAGACAGAAAAUGCAUCAAGUAACAAUUACGGUUCACAGAGAGUAUUCAAUACAAUAACUUUUCUUUUUAUGGGAUUUAUAAUAGAAGCAAUUAUAAAACAAGAUGAGUAUGGUGUUAAUCACUACAAUGGUUUACCUAUAUUUGCGUUAUUUGCAGGUGUUGUGGCUUUUAUUGCAGUAUCUUUAUUAGUUAAAAAUUUAGACAGACAGGAGUCUUCAUCAGGAACACUAAGCUCUUCUUUAGUUCUUUUUAAGAACUUUGAAUAUACUUUUUUAAUCACUUUAAUAUUCUUUAAUGGAAUUACAAGGGCUGCUAUGACACAGUUUCUUAGUCACUUUUAUGAUAGUCAAAUGAAGUUUAAAGCUGAGGUUUCCAAGGGUUCUAAAUCUAAAUUAAUGUAUUUUAUUCUCUCUAAUAAGUUAGCUUUACUUAACACUGCUGGUAUGGUUGUUGAAAUACCACUAUUUUUUAUGUCUUCAGUUAUUAUAGGAAGAAUCGGGUAUUUAUGGCCUCUUUUAUUAGCACAAGUAUUUCAAAUGAUUAGAAUGGUAGGUUAUUCUUUAUUAGGUAAAGAUACUCCUAAUGCUUUUUAUAUAAGUUUGGGAUUAGAACUUUGCAAAGGAUUUAACUUUGGAUUAACUCAAAUGUCAGCUACCAAGUUAGCUCAUUCACUCUGUCCUAGCUACCUUAAAUCAACAUCUCAACUUGUUUAUAACGGAGUAUUUAUUGGAUUAGGAAGUGCAGUAUCCUAUUUGUUAGCGUAUUUUGCUCUUGGAUCAGGUAAUGUUAAAAGUUAUCAUUUACUUUUCAUUGGAUGUGCUAUUAUAACUUUCUUAUGUAUCUGUCUAAUGGUACUCAAAUAUGGUUUUAUAGAUGGUUAUUUAACUAACUAUCAAAAAUUACAAGAAAAAAUUGAUAAACUACAUGAAACUGAAGAAGAUAUAAUAAUACCAGGACAAUCAUCAUUUAAAGAUGAUCAAUUAUACAAUAAGAAAGAAACACUACGUGAUAUUAAAGUAUAA